AUGAAAUUCGAAGAAUCCAUGGAACUGCCGGUAAUUGUCGUUGAUAGCGGAGUUUUACUACCUGGAGCAAGUCUGAAAAUUCCAAUUAGAUCGAAAUUGAACACCCGCACAAUCGAACAGCACCUGACCCGUGGAGGAUCAAACUACGUAGUGAUUGCUUACAAGUUAUCAACUGAUAAAAUAUACAAUGUAGCUACAAUUGCCUACAUCGAAAAGUUGUUUGGAUGGACGUUCAACUCGACGACGAACUACUCGUUGGAUGUGAUCGGAUUGCAUAGAGCAAAUAUUGACAAAUUGUCAUUUCCAAAAUGUCGUGUUUCGAAACUUGAGGAUUCUAGCGAAAGAGCAGAAUUCAAUCAUUCCACAAUCGAGAAUGUGAUUUCUGGAGCCAAAAUCCUUGCUCAAAACUCGGAAUCCCUAAAAUUCUCCCAAGAAAUUCACAAUUCUAUCGACGACCACGAUUAUGGAAAAUUGGCUGAUUUGUGUGUUUCACAAAUCAAAAAUUUGGAAUUUUCCCAAUUUUUGGAUUUUUUGGGAACCAAAAAUGUGGAGAAACGGCUGGAAAUGUGCGAGAAAUGGAUGCAAAUGCAGAGAGAAACAAAAGCACUUCAACUGAAAAUGGCAGUCCCAGGAAAUUCUGAAAUUCCAAAGAAAAUCAAUAAACAACGAAUUCCAAAUUCCAAAAAUCAAGUGGAACAAUUGGAGGAGAAAUUGAGUGCCAUAGAGUUUUCAGAGGAAGUUUCGGACCGCGUCUUCUCCGAACUGCACCGUUUGAAAAAUAUGAAUCCCCAACAAUCCGAGUACACUGUCCUUAUGAAUUGGUUGGAACUUGUCUCGAACCUUCCAUGGAACACAUCUACAGUAGACGAUAUCGAAAUCAAUAAGGCUCGAAAGAUUCUAGAAGAUUCUCACGAGUCAAUGGAUGAUGUUAAACAACGGGUUCUAGAACAUUUGGCAGUUUGUAAAAUCAACAAUUCAGUCAAAGGAAUGAUUUUAUGCUUUACGGGACCACCGGGAAUCGGAAAAACUAGUAUUGCGAAGGCGAUUGCAGAGAGUAUGGGCAGGAAGUUUCAGAGAGUCUCCCUUGGCGGAAUCCGUGACGAAUCCGACAUCCGUGGUCAUCGGCGUACCUAUGUGGCAGCCAUGCCAGGUCGUAUCAUUGAAGCCUUGAAGCACUGCAAAUCUAACAACCCAGUGUUCCUCCUCGAUGAAGUAGACAAACUCUAUUCCGGCAACCAGGGAAGUCCAUCAGCUGCUCUUUUGGAGUUGUUGGAUCCCGAACAGAACUCGACGUUCCACGAUCAUUAUUUGAAUAUUCCAUUUGACGUCUCCAAGAUAAUGUUUAUAGCGACGGCUAAUGAUGUUGAGAGGUUGGAACCGGCGCUAAAGGAUCGAUUAGAGAUUAUUGAAAUGAGUGGAUAUUCGAUGAAGGAGAAAGUCAAGAUUUGUGAGAAUCAUUUGGUGAACAGACAACUUUCAAAGCAUUGUAUCAGUCCGGACUAUGUCAAUUUGGAUAGGCACGCGAUUAUGGCUAUGAUCGAAGAAUUCACCAUGGAAGCAGGCGUUCGUCAACUUGAACGAAACGUUGGAGCCGUUUGUCGCCACGUGGCCCUCCGUCUAGCCGAAGCUUUAAACUCUGACCCAUCAGCUGACGUUCUACCGGAUAUGGAUCUCCCUAUUCAGAUCGGAGAACCCGAUAUUCACAAAAUCCUAAAAGCAAAACAUAUGAAACGAGUGAAAAUCGUUGAAAAAAUGAGACCUUUACCACCAGGGGUAUGCUUCGGAUUGAGUGUUACGACGAAUGGAGGAAGGGUUAUGCCCAUAGAAGCUUCGAAAUGCAAAGGAACUGGGAAAAUCGUGACUACCGGACAUUUGGGAAAAGUUUUGGAAGAAAGUAUCCUCGUUGCCAAGGGAUGGUUAGGAGCAAAUGCAGAGAAAUUGGGAUUGAAAACUCUCGAAGAGAAUGAUAUUCAUGUACACCUCCCAGCGGGGGCUGUUAAUAAAGAUGGACCGUCUGCUGGUACAGGAUUGGCUUGUGCGUUGGUCAGUUUGGCAAUGGGUGUCCCAUUGAGAAGCGAUGCGGCUGUGACUGGAGAGAUUUCACUGACGGGACAUGUUUUGGCGAUCGGUGGAGUCAAAGAAAAAGUGUUGGCUGCCCAACGAGAGGGUCUUCGCCGGGUGGUCCUGCCGAAAUCCAAUGAAGAAGAAUACCUGAAAAUUGAUGAAGACAUUCGAAAUGAAAUGGACGUCGUGUUGGCGGAUACUGUAGAAGAUGUGAUUGAGGCAAUGAUGGAGAAGGAACCAGUUUUGGCGAAACUCUGA